UCUCCAAUGCAUAUAUAUUAUGAGGAUGACCAUGCAUGCAGGAGAACAAAGAAGUGUUCAAAAAGAAAAGAUGGAAUUAGAUAAAGCAAGCCAUUCUCUGGCUCUUAACAUCGAUAAAAAUGGAGUUGUAAGAUCAAGAAGAGAUCUUCCGCCAGCUCAUUACACAUUUCAAAUAAAGAAUUUCUCAGUGCUGUUUGAGGCAGAGGUUGAGAAAUGUGAAUCGGGCCAGUUUGAAGUUGGCGGCUACAAUUGGAAAUUGGUACUGCAAACAAAUGGGAAGAGGAAUAGUGAAAGUCACAUCUCCUUAUAUUUGGCAAUAGAAAAUCAAGAUACCCUUUCGCUUGGAUGGGAGGCUAACGUAAGCUUCAGUUUCUUUGUGUUUGAUCAAAUACGAAACAAGUACCUGUGUAUCCAAGAUUGGAGUAUAAGACGCUUUCAUAACUUAAAGCCUGAAUGGGGAUUCACUCAAUUACUUUCGCACGACCUCCUUAACAAUCCUUUAAAUGGUUAUAUUAUUGACGACUCUUGCAUUCUUGGAGCUGAAGUUUUUGUCAUCAAAGGUAUUGGCAAGCAGGGGGUGUGCCUAUCGAUGAUAAAUCAACCUCAAAUCAAUUAUUUCACCUGGAGGGUUGACAAGUUUCGCUCACUGCAAGGCAAUUAUUAUAUUUCUGAUGUCUUCCGCGUUGAAGGGCGUAAAUGGAAGUUAUUGCUCUAUCCAAGGGGAUCAGACACGGUAACCUCAGAUCACGGCUUCUUGUCUCUCUUUCUCAAACCGGAUGAUUCAGAAAUCGUUACCCCUAACCGAAAAUUGUACGCAAAAUACAAGCUGCGCAUAAGGGACCAAGUCAAAAGCAAUCACCUUGAAAAAACAAAUGAGCAUUGGUUCUCUAACAGUACCGUUGGCUGGGGUUUCUGGACCUUUACGUCCCUGAGAGAUCUCAAGGAUCCAUCAAAUGGCUACUUAUUAUCAUGGGAUGGUUCGCCUUUGUUCGUUGAAUGCAAAAUUGAUGUCAUAUCUGUAGUGAAGGAUUUCUCCUGAUGAUCUAAUUGGAGACAAAUUCCCCAACAUUAUUAUAUAUGUCUAUAAUAGCAAUUAAUGUAAGAAAGAUAUAUAAAAUGUAAUUUUAAGAGUGACAAUAAUCAAAGCCAUCCAAUAUCCUAAACCAUGGCAUUAUAUGUA